AGUCCUUCACUCAAAUCCCACAGCAUCAUUAUUCAAAUAGUACACAUUCGUUAGUCAUUUCCACUUUGAAACAUGACGACGGAGAAAAGCAAGAUUCUGGUGAUCGGAGGGACUGGUUACAUGGGAGAAUUCGUCGUUGAAGCUAGCGCUAAAGCCGGUAACCCAACGUUCGCUCUUGUCCGAGAAGCAUCUCUCUCCGAUCACGUUAAGGGCAAAACCGUCCAACGCUUCAAAGAUCUCGGUGUCACAAUACUACACGGAGAUUUGAAUGAUCAUGAAAGCUUGGUGAAGGCCAUCAAACAGGUCGAUGUGGUGAUAUCAGCCGUAGGGAGCAAGCAAAUCUUGGAUCAAACCAAGAUCAUUUCCGCAAUCAAAGAAGCCGCGAGAUUCUUGCCGGCUGAGUUUGGGGUAGACGUGGAGAGGACCAGUGCCGUCGAGUCGGCAAAGACCUUUUUUGCAAGGAAGGUACAGAUUAGGAAAGCCAUAGAAGCUGAAAGAAUACCAUACACUUACAUUGUUAGCAAUUGCUCUGCUGGUUUUUACUUGCGCACAUUAGUCCAGUUCGAGUCUAGUCUCAUUUCUCAUACCAGAGACAAGGUUAUCAUCUUUGGCGAAGACAGUGUUCCUCCUAGAGACAAAGUCACCAUUUUAGGGGAUGGAAUUGCCAAAGUUGUGAUCAACAAAGAGGAAGAUACUGCUGCUUACAGAAUCAGGACAGUGGAUGAUCCAAGGACUCUGAACAAAACCCUCUACAUUAAACCUCCUAAGAACACUUUAUCAAUGAAUGAUAUGGUAACCUUGUGGGAGAAAAAGAUCGGCAAGUCCCUCGAGAAGAUUCACAUCUCAGAAGAACAAAUUCUUAAAAGCAUCCAAGUUCCCAUCGAUGUUUUUAAGGCGAUAAACCACUCCAUAUUUGUGAAGGGAGAUCAGACCAGUUUCACUAUAGAGCCUUCAUACGGUGUGGAAGCCUCUGAGCUUUACCCUGAUAUCAAGUACAUCACUGUCGAUGAGUAUCUCAGUGAAUUAGUCUGAGAUUAUUAUUAAAACACCAUAUUCAGCUCAAUGAUGACGCUAGUUUCAUAAUUGUAACAAUAAAUAACAAUUCUCCUAAUGGUGAAUGAUGUGUGUGUGCGCGAGCGAGCAUGUAUACGAGUGUGUUUGUAUUACUACAAUGUCAAUUUCGGGUUGCUCUGAAUCGGUGAAGAUGGUGUUUACACCAGAAAAAAGUGGUCAGCUUUUGUGACCUAUAUAGAUAAAGUAGCUAGAGAAGAGUGAGGAAGUCAUUUUCUUUAUCUUUAGUUCUUCGUACUUCGGUGUUCCUCCAGUUUGGCUUUCUGAACUUUUUAAUUGAUAUAUAUAUAUAUAUAUAUAUAAAUUGUUUAUAAGAAAAAUAAAGAUUAUUUACGGUA